CGCAACUGACCGAGAUAUAACCGAUACUCCAAGUCGUUUCUCAUUUAUACGAGCAAAUCCUAACUAGCUUUAGUGCCGUCUUUGUUACUCUUGAACGUGUGUGUGCGGCAAAGGUCAUAAGCUCCUUAUGCAUCCAUCCUUCAUCAUUAUUCGCAUCGAUCUCGUCUUGCCACUAUACUGUACUGUAUCAGUUGACCAAGGCGACUUUCUCCGUCGCGAGCAGCAGUGUCUCUUAUUGCUUCAAACCUCGCCAAGUGCCCGUCGGCGUGAGACGAAUCCUUCGUUCUGAAUAGAAUUCUUAGUACAUAGCGAAAUCUGCUGGUCCCUUCCCAGCUUAGCUCCCGGCAUCAUGACAAACCGAUACCAAUACCGAAUAUUACAACGUUCCAGAGGUGAAGUCAGACUCCUGAAACUUUUACCGUACGAUGGCAACGACAAGCUCAAAUUCAUUCCCACUUGCAAUAUCUUCCACGUCAGCCUUCAUACGAAACCGAGGUUUACAGCCUUAUCGUACGUCUGGGGAGCUGCUGCCGAUUCACGUUUGAUACUCCUGGAGAACUCCCCAGUUCUAGUAACCAAAAACCUAUACGAUGCGAUGAUGGCACUUAGACCUACCAAUGAACACAUUAUAAUGUGGAUCGAUUCCCUUUGUAUUAAUCAGUUGGAUGACGCGGAAAAGAGCUGGCAGGUUGCACUUAUGGCAGAUAUCUACCGACAGGCGGAAAAAGUCGUUGCAUGGCUUGGUACAGCAGAUGAUCAGAGCGAUUCGGUGAUGGACUACCUGAACUCUUUAGGAGCACAAGCGGAAGCUUGCGGUAUGGACAAUGGACCGGAACCCUUUCAAGAAAUCUGACAGGAGCUAGCGUCGAACCUCCCAGGAGCCCGUGACCUAAACCGA